AUGCAACCCUCAUGGAGACUAUUGGCUACGGCAGCCGCGGGAAACGGCCUGAAGCCAGCGCCCAUGGCAUUAUUACCACCGAUUCCUCUUUACCGACGUCUAUUUAGAGCUCAUCGGAAACACUUACCACAUGAGAUGCGUUUACUUGGCGAUGAAUACAUCAAGGCCGAAUUCCGUGCCCAUAGGAAUGUCGAUAAUCCAGCGCAUUUAAUCGGGUUCCUUACGGAAUGGCAACUCUACGCCCAGAAAAUCGAAGGCAAGUCAUGGGUUGGCGAAAAGUUGGAUCCUGAGAAAGUUGAGAAGAUGAGUGAGCCCAAGAGGCGUAAAACUAAGUCUACAAAUGACGCGUCAGUCAUAAAAAUCGGAAAUAAGACAAUAUCUCUGAGCGCUUAUCUCAAUCCUGAAAAGAAACCAGAGAAACCACCAUCAGUUCAGGAGCAUACUACAACCGGGAAACCCCAGCAUGAUUCUACGAAGGAGCAUGAGCCACAAACUCAAAUAGCACGCCUUCCCAAGCGUCUUUCAAAUAGUGGAGAUCAGUCAUUGUUAAAAUCCCGAAAGGCCCUACCAAUAUGGACUCAUCAGAACGAAAUUACGGCCAGCCUGCGCGGUGAUAAUGACAUGCUACUCAUCGUCGGUGAAACUGGUUCGGGCAAGAGUACACAAGUUCCCCAGUUCUUAUGCGAUGAACCCUGGUGUCGAAAAAAGAAAGUCCAAGUGCAGUCAGAUACGGUAAACGUAGGUGGAAUGAUUGCCAUCACUCAACCUCGACGGGUUGCAGCAACGACUCUAGCCAAUAGAGUUUCUCGUGAGAUGGGAACACCCCUGGGGGCAUCACGCGAGGGUUCUGUCGGAUACUCUGUUCGAUUCGACCAUAAUGUUCCAAAAGGUACUAAGAUUAAAUUUCUCACAGAAGGUAUGCUUCUACAGGAGCUCUUACGAGAUCCGAAUCUGCGGCAGUAUAGCGCUGUGAUCGUCGAUGAAAUUCAUGAAAGAAGCGUUGACGUAGACUUGAUCGCCGGAUUUCUAAAGCAGAUACUGUCGGGCGACAAAGCCGGAAGGGGAGGUAUACCCCUAAAGGUUGUCAUCAUGAGUGCUACAGCGGAUGUGGAAAAAAUUCAAGGUUUCUUUGCACCCCAGAAAUCGAGUUCUGCCGUCCGUCUGCUCCAAAUCAAAGGAAGGCAGUAUCCUGUGGAAAUUAAACACACGAGCAAGCCUGUCACGGACAUUCAAGAGGCCCUUCUGAAGCGAAUCUUUGAUAUUCAUUUGCAGGAGCCAUUGCCUGGUGAUAUCCUGGCUUUUCUGACCGGUCAAGAAGAAAUAGAGGCCGCUCAACGUCUCAUCGAAGAGCACAGCGAGACGUUAGCUUCGGAUGUACCGAAACUAUUAGUCUGUCCUCUAUAUGGCCAGCUCUCAAUCCAAGCACAGCAGAAUGCAUUCUUACCCGCUAAGAACGGCUUUACACGGAAAGUAGUCUUAGCAACCAAUAUCGCAGAAACAUCAGUCACCGUCCCGGGUGUUCGUUAUGUAAUCGACUGCGGAAAAGCUAAAGUAAAGCAAUUCCGUUCACAGUUAGGCAUGGAAUCCUUGUUGGCAAAGGCAAUUUCAAAGUCAUCAGCGAUACAACGGGCUGGCCGAGCUGGGCGUGAAGGGCCUGGCAAAUGCUACAGACUCUAUACAUCAACAACGUACGACUCACUCAAAGAGGCUGACUUGCCGGAGAUCCUACGUAAUGAUGUAUUAGGCGCCAUUCUAACGAUGAAGGCACGCGGCAUCACUGAUAUUCUUUCAUUUCCGCUGAUGGAUUUCCCUGAUAUUGAGUCAGUGGAAAAGGCUUUGAUACAUCUACACUUUUUAGGAGCACUCUCAGAUAAUGGCACUAUCACGGAAAUAGGGAAGAAGCUGGCUCUUUUCCCAGUUUCUGCACCAUACGGAAGGGUACUUCUUGCGGCGAGUGAGCCUCAAUAUGACUGUCUCCUCGAAGUCAUUGAUAUUAUCGCCUGCAUCACCUCGGGGGAAAAUAUUUUCCACCAGCUGCAGUCGGAGGAAGUCAGAGAAGAAGUGGAAGAGUAUCGCAAAGAGUUGUAUCGCAGAGAAGGCGAUAUCCUCACGUACUUGACUACCAUGCAACGGUAUGCGGCGGAGAAUGCUGACCGAAUUGAAUGGUGCAAGAAACGGAAAGUCAAUAUCCGGAAUAUGAAACAAGCCCUCAAUAUCCGAAAGCAACUUCGCGGUAUAUGCUUAAAGGAGAAAUUGCUCACAGAAACACCACCACCAGACCCUCAGCCGUUUGUACCUAUGUCUCCCGAAAGAGCGACGUUGUUGCUGAAAUGUUUCAUGAAGGGCUUCGGUACGAAGUGUGCCUUGUUAGCACCGGACUCUAGCUACGUCACAAUACAAGGGAAACAUGUCGUAGCCAUACACCCAUCCAGCGUCUUACACGGACAGAAAAGAGAAGCCAUAAUGUUUCUGGAGCAUGUGUUCACACAGAGGAGUUAUGUGAAGAAGGUCAGCACCGUUCAAGCCGACUGGAUUGUUGAAGUUAUGGGUUAA